AAAAAAUUUAAUGAACUAGAUUUGCAUUCUUCAGUUCAAUUAAAUGUAAUUAUUUUAAAUCAACAACUCUAAAACCGAUGCCUAGUGCGCAUGCUCAAACUUCCCAGAAGUGAAGAGGCGGGAACGCGGAGAAAGUUAUAUGUGUUCAGUGAACUGCCGUUUCCCUCUGCGGAUUCUUCCACAAUACAGUAACAUCACAAAGAAAGCUGCCCCCUUUUUCUGAUUGUUUGUGCCUCCUCUUUAAUACAUGUGACUUGUAUGUGGCAGUGCAAGCGUUGUUCCAUCAGGGAGAGUAGUAGGUACAAAUUAUUGAAACACUGUAGAUUACAUCACCAUUAUGGACCCAGCCAGCGUUAUCUUUGUAUAUAUGUAAAUUGUCCAUGCACAUUUAAGACUUGGUGUGGACUAAAAACACAUGUUUACAAAUGUCAUUCUUCUCAUUUUAAACAGACAGCUGUCAGUUCAGUCACUUUUAGGUGCGAGUUAUGUGACUGCAGUGACCUUACCACAGAGAGAGAUUAUUUUGGACAUAUUGGAUCACAUUUACGAAAUAGUGAGACAGUAACUUGUGUAUUUUCAGGCUGCUCUUUCAAGACAAAUAUCUUUGGUACAUUUUAUUCACACAAAAAGAGGAAGCAUCAUUCAGAUUCACUUAAAGAUUUCAAGGUGGGUUUAGUGGUGUGUUUUGACUCAGCACAACAUUCUGAUGACCCUGAAGGUGUAGGUGCUAGUUGCUCUGAUUUUUUAGAUCCUGAAGUUGGAACUGAGUUGGUGUCAGGAAGUAAUCAUUCCACUGAAAAUUUGACAGAUCUUGUUGAACAGAAAAUAGCUGGGAUAUUGUUAAAAUUGGAACAUAUAUUUCAAAUUCCAGCUACAGCAGUAGAUGGCUUGGUGGAGGAGUUGAGUUUUUUGUUAAGUUCUGCUUGUACUUCAAUCACAAAACGAACAGUUGAAGAGGUAUUCAAGAGCCAUAACCUUCAUAUUGGUCAGGCUGUUGUUGAGGAGCUUGCCAAUACAGUGUGCAUUUCUAACCCUGUAUCAAAAAUUUUAGCUAAGUGUGGUCCUCUUGGAACUUCAUUUAAAAGAAAACAAUACUAUAAGCAUAACUUUAGGGUCGUAGAGCCUGUUGAGUACAUUUUAUCUGUUGAUCAACGAAAGUCAUUUCAGUACAUUCCUUUAUUAAAGUUAUUGCAAGAAUUAUUGAGUCAUAAUCACAUACUUGAUAGAGUGAUUGAGCAACAUAUAGGACAAGAAAAAAGUGAGAAUUUGGCUAAUGGUCUGAGUGUUUACAGGUCUUUCCGAGAUGGCAAGCACUUUAGAACCAAUAGCUUUUUAGCUGUUGACGUGUUGAGAAUCUCCAUUACACUUUACAUCGAUGAUUUUGAGAUUGACAAGGAGUUUUUAUGA